UGCCGCCCAGCCCGGGCCCUCCACGUCCCAGACCGGGCUCCCGGCGUCAUGGACCCGCCGGAGGAGGUGCGGGCGCGGCUGGAGCGGUGCGGACAGGGCCAUCUGCUGCGGUUCUGGGCCGAACUGGACCCGGCGCAGCGCAGAGCGCUGCUGGCGGCGCUGCCGCCGGGGCUGGGCGAGCACUGCCGGCUAGCGGCGGCGGCCGGGGCCCGCCAGCGCGGCCCGCCCGAGCGCCUGGACGGCCGGAUGGAGCCGCUCCCCGCCGAGUUGCUGGGCAGCGCCCGGCGCAGCGGCCCCGCCGCGCUGCAGCGUUGGGAGGCGGAAGGUUUACAUCAGAUCUCACAGAACAAGGUGGCAGUGCUGCUCCUGGCUGGAGGACAAGGAACCCGCCUGGGAGUCAGCUACCCCAAGGGCAUGUACAACGUGGGGUUGCCCAGCGGCAAGAACUUGUAUCAGAUCCAAGCAGAAAGAAUCCGCAAAGUGGAGCAGCUUGCUGGCAAGAGACACCACUGCAAGUGUGCCAUUCCCUGGUACAUCAUGACCAGUGAGUUCACACUGGGGCCAACAGAAGAGUUUUUUGUGCAGCACAACUACUUCAACUUGGAUAGAUGCAACGUUGUCAUGUUUGAGCAGAGGAUGCUGCCUGCUGUCACUUUUGAUGGAAAGGCCAUCUUGGAGGAGAAGGGGAAAAUUGCCAUGGCUCCAGAUGGCAAUGGUGGCUUAUACCGUGCUUUGAUGGAUAAUAAGAUCUUGGAUGAUAUGAAGCAGCGUGGAAUCCAGUAUGUCCAUGUAUAUUGUGUGGACAAUAUCCUCGUGAAAAUGGCAGAUCCAGUCUUCAUAGGUUUCUGUAUUUCCAAAGGGGCAGACUGCGGUGCAAAGGUAGUGGAGAAGGCCUACCCCACCGAGCCUGUUGGGGUGGUGUGCUGUGUGGAUGGGGUGUACCAGGUGGUGGAGUACAGCGAGAUCAGCCUGGAGACUGCACAGCAGCAGCGCCCUGAAGGGGGACUGAUGUUCAGUGCUGGCAACAUCUGUAACCACUUCUUCACUGUUGAGUUCCUGGAAUUAGUGGCCCAGAAAUGGGAAUCACAGCUGAAGCAUCAUGUAGCCAUAAAGAAGGUACCCUACAUUGACAAGGAGGGAAAUCUGGUAAAACCACUAAAACCAAACGGGAUAAAGCUGGAGAAGUUUGUGUUUGAUGUGUUCCAGUUCUCUAAGAAUUUUGUGGCAUUUGAAGUUCUGAGAGAAGAGGAGUUCUCUCCACUAAAAAAUGCAGACACAGCAGACAAAGAUACUCCUACCACUGCUCGGCAAGCCCUCCUGGCCCAGCAUUACCGCUGGGCUCUCAAGGCUGGGGCCAAAUUUGUGGAUGAAAAUGGUUGCAGGAUACCAGAAAAACUCAGUCUCUCAGGAACUGAAGAUCCUCCGGCUGUGUGUGAGAUUUCUCCAUUAGUCUCUUACUUUGGAGAGAAAUGGAAGCAGCUGUCCCGACUCCAGCGGAGUGUCAUUCUCUUCCUGUUUGCAUUCUUGGCAGUGUGUGGAGUAAUUUCGUACACAAGCGUGGGGGAAGCAUGGAAAACUAUAACAAACAAAUUGUUGGAUGAUCAGAGGACAGAACAAGAAAUUCCUAGAUUAAAGCUGGCAAAUCCAGCUGUUCUACCAGCGCCCGAGAAAGCAGAUACCAACCAUGGAGACUACCCUGAGCUUUCACUGCAGAAGCCACCAAAACUGCCUCACGUUCGUCGUGGUCCUUCCAAUCUUCAGCUCAAGGCACCACGGAGAGACACAAGGCUGAAGACCCAGUAUGACACCAUGAGGGCUGUAGAAGGGCUGGUCGAAGUGGAUAAAGUAGAGGAAACAGAGAAAUCCAUAAUCAGCUGGAGAGGAGCAGUGAUAGAACCUGACCAAAGCACUGAACCUCCAUCCAGUAAAAUAACAGAACCAGAAAAACAUUCGUCUGUGGAAGCUGAAUACCAGAAAGAAGCAGUGCCCAUCAAUGAGCGCCAGCUGGCUGUGAUUGAAGCCUUCCGCCAUGCCUGGAAAGGGUACAAGGAUUUUGCCUGGGGCCACGAUGAGCUGAAGCCUUUGUCCAAGUCCUACAGUGAGUGGUUUGGACUUGGGCUUACCUUGAUUGAUGCUUUGGAUACCUUGUGGAUUUUAGGCUUAAAAGAAGAGUUUGAAGAAGCAAGGAAAUGGGUAGCAAAUGAUUUAAUAUUUGAUAAAAAUGUGGAUGUGAACCUAUUUGAGAGCACUAUCCGUAUCCUGGGUGGCUUGCUGAGCACCUACCACCUCUCCGGAGAUAGCCUUUUUCUGGAAAAAGCUAAAGACAUUGGAAACAGGCUUAUGCCAGCAUUCAAGACCCCCUCCAAGAUACCAUAUUCUGAUGUCAACAUUGGUCGGGGCACUGCACAUCCCCCUCGCUGGACAUCUGACAGCACUGUGGCAGAGGUGACCAGCAUUCAGUUAGAAUUUAGGGAGCUCUCUCGUCUGACUGGAGAUGAGAAAUUCCAGAAAGCUGUAGAUGAGGUGAUGAAGCAUGUUCACACACUCUCAGGGAAAAACGAUGGCCUCGUGCCUAUGUUCAUAAACACCAACAGCGGGCAGUUCACCCACCUGGGGGUCUACACUCUGGGAGCCAGAGCUGACAGCUACUACGAGUAUCUGCUCAAGCAGUGGAUUCAGGGCGGAAAGAAAGAAAAUGAGCUGUUGGAAGAUUAUAUGAGAGCCAUAGAAGGAGUGAAAAAGCAUCUUCUUCAGAGAUCAGAACCCAAGAAGCUUACUUUUGUAGGAGAGCUUGCUCAUGGCCAUUUCAGUGCCAAGAUGGAUCACUUGGUUUGCUUCUUGCCGGGUACUUUAGCACUGGGAGCUCACAAUGGACUGCCUGCUGAUCAUAUGAAAUUGGCUGAAACUCUUAUAGAAACCUGCUACCAGAUGUAUGCUCAAGUAGAGACAGGCCUGAGCCCAGAGAUCGUACACUUCAACCUCCAUGCACAGAAGGGCCACAGGGAUGUGGAAAUCAAGCCUGCAGACAGGCACAACUUAUUGCGACCAGAAACUGUGGAAAGCCUUUUUUAUAUGUAUAGAUUCACCGGUGAUAAGAAAUACCAAGAUUGGGGCUGGGAAAUCUUGCAGAAUUUCAACAGAUACACCCGGGUUCCUACAGGUGGUUAUACUUCCAUUAACAACGUUCAGAAUCCCAGUAAUCCAGAGCCACGGGAUAAAAUGGAGAGCUUCUUUCUUGGGGAAACACUCAAAUACAUGUUUCUGCUGUUUUCAGAUGACAUAGACUUAAUCAACCUUGACAAAUACAUCUUUAACACAGAGGCUCAUCCACUCCCUAUCUGGGUGCCAGCAUAGACUCUGCAUCAAUGGAUCUUCUUCCAAUGGUGGCAUUUUUAUCUAAAAGUCACUUUACUUUUCAGGGUUUGAGGAGAGAUGCUAUAAUGCACCUUUUUGACUUCAAACAGCAAACAAAAAAGCUUGGGAAAAGCAUCUCUGGUUUGAAAAAAUCAUGUCAGUCUUAAAUCUAAUCCCUGUUUCUGGGAUGGGCAAAGCUGUGCCAUAUUAAGCUGGUUUCUGGUACUGAUGAUGAGGUUCAGAAGGUAAUUGUAGUGUGGACCAUGACAUUCUCGGGGCUCUGGUGAUCCAGAGCUCACUUAUGUCAGUGUUACUAAAUGCUCAUUAAAUACUGGGAAUGUAGCAAGUUGGCUUAGGGCACAGUGUUUUUCCUGGAGAGCAGAAGUAAGCCUACGGUUUUCUGAUUUAUUCUGGAUUAGCUGAAACACUGGAUUACAGAGCAUUCCUUUGUCAGACUGUGACAGUGGUUCAGGUGGAAAGUGGAAUGAACAGCUGUAGUGCUCUCCCAGGGAGAAGCUGUCAGUAUAGCUGCUGGUACUCUGAUCUCAUUCCAAACUCCUGAGCUAUGCUGGAUCACCUUAGGAGAAGGAAGAGGCAGCAGAGCAUCUGUUGUAUAGUGUCUUAGUUUUGUAGAACACUUUGAACAGUCUGUUCAAGCUGUGUCUGAAACGAACGGUGAAAGAGAAUUUGCUGCUGGUUUGGCUCAAAGUGGUAUAUAAUUUUGUAGAGGUAUUGCAGUUUUUUAACUUCCCUGCAGGAAUGCAGGAGAUAAUGUGAAAUGCAAGUAAAACUACUCAUGCAUUUUAUAUCUUAUUUGCAUCAGUUAGACUCAGGUAUUCUGACUAAAAGCUGCUUUCUGAGGUUGGGCACUGGGAAAACUUGUGAGCAUAUUAGGUAUCAGCCUCCUUCCGUCCCUUCCCAUUCGGAUAUCACAUUUAUGGGUGUUUGUUGGCUCAAAACAAGCUUACAACUGUACAGUAAAGUUCCUGUUAUUUGUAAUUUCUUGGACCGUGGAGAAAUUUUCAGUUAUUUUUUUCCUUAGAAGUACAUUGGAUAUUUCCAGCAGUAGUGUUAAAAGUGUACAGUCUAAAGGUAUUACAGCAGUUCUAGGCCCCAGUAGAACUGGAGAAAUUAAUUUCAGUUACUCAAAGACAAAGUAGACCCAGGUUUUUUAAGAAUCUUACAGGAGCCCUGGGAUCUUUCAUUUUUAUAUGUGCGCAUUUACAAAUUUUAAGCCAUGAAUUUGGAAAUUAUCUUUCUAGAGUGCUUUUCCUUUUGGAUUUGGACUUGGACAGUCCCAUAUUCACAGAUAACAUCUCAGAAAUGUAAUUGUUUAUAUUUCCAGAAGAGAUUAGUCUCACUGAAAGUCUCCUUCUCCCAUGGCAGUGGGUGUCAUGAGGGCCAGGAGCUGCAUUCCCCACUAAAUCCAGGGGUCCCUGGCCAUUAAUGGAGCUGACUGAAUUCGAUGGUUCAUUUUCCAGUGGCUGAGGGAGGUAUUUUAUAGUAAUUGUAACCUUUGAUUUGCAAAGUAAGAUGCAUCUUUGUUUUAUGUUGAUCCAUUCUGUUUGCUGUAGUUACAAGUUACUCUUGGGACCACUAUUUUAAGUCUUUUUUAUAAUAUUUAUCAUUCCACAUACUAGUGGAAAUGGAGAAGUUCUACAAAUUAUUUAAAUACGCAUUUUUCUGUCAUCAGAUGGACUCCGUCUCGGUAUUGGCGGGACAUGACCAGUCAGUGCGGAAUGUUCACAUGCCAGCAGUAACUCUGACAAUGACCUUCUCACAAGUGUGGUGGAAUGCUAUGGCCUUUGGCUGCACAACUGAUUUGCUGCCAAGGCUUCUGUUUUCUUUGGCACAACAACAAAUGAGGACAUUGCAGGGGAAAUGUGGAAGGAAACACCUUCAGUUUUUUUGUUCGUGAAGCAGGUUUGUACUGCUGAGGAGCUGAGCUUUGGCUAAAAGCUUAAAAUUGGAGACUAAAGAAAAAAAUGAAAAAUCUAAAUUCAGUGACACUACCCAAGUUCUGCUGACCUGUGUUAUUUUGGCCUCGUGCCUUUGAGCAAAGCAAAUUUUGAACCUUUAGUUAUGACUGUGCUAUGGACUGUAAAAUUUCCAGGCUUCGGUGUUUCACCCAGAGAGCUGCCUGAUUGAGGCAAGAGAGAUUUCUUAGAAAAUGGAAUACAUAUAAGCGCUUACCAAAAAUCUCCUGGUUUUGAAGUUGUACACAAGUCUUAAUGUAAUUGAUUCUACAAAUGGGACUGUGGGAUACUUUUUUUGCCUUAUGAUUGGCUUUGAGAGUAAUAAUUAAUUUCCUAACGAGUUGAAGGAGAGAAGAAUAAACUGUCACUUUCCCAAACAUGUCUUGUCUUUUAGCUGAGCCUGUUGGUCCAACUGAUUCUAUCUAGUUCCUCUUGGGGACAUGCAGACUCCUCAAAGUGUGACUUUACAUUUUCUCCUCAGCCUUUCAACCUGAGGUUCGGAUUGUUAGCUCUCACUCCUUUCGAUAACCAACGCUUAUUUCGGAUUCCUCUAUCAUGUGUGAAAUAGGACGAACUGAAUCAUCUCAACAAAGCUCAUCUGUUCUUUUGCAGAGGUCAUUUUAAUUGCCCAUUUAUUUUUACUUCCUUAACAAACCGUUGUGGCAGAUUGGUCUCUGAGCUUCACAGCCUAUUUCUGUUCCAUGAUGCGCUCCCCCGGUGCAACAGAAGCUCAAAGCUUCCCUUUGUGGUUCUUUGUUUCAAAGCUUGAACCGCUGGGUGUGUAACCCACUUUGGUGUUUCUGCAUGCUGGGACAUUCCUGGCUUAAGUGGAGUGUUGCGAGAAGGCCACCGCUGAGCCGGUGUUCUGUCCUUUGCAAUAGAAAGCCUUGGGCUUUCACUGAGAAACAGCCAGGCAUGGGCAGAGCCACAGAAAAUUGCAGGGCUGUUAACUUGGGAGUCUCACACUUGGGGCUUUGAGCCACGUUUUGGGAAACACUGACCUGUUUGCUCAAAGAAAAUUCAGCAGCUAGACGGCGCGCAGUUACCAUCUAAUUCCUGAACUUUUGAAAGCUGAAUUCUCACUGCAGUUCUUAGAAACUGGCAGUUUUGCAAGGUCCCUGGUGUUGGCUGACAGGUCUCUCAUGUUCUGCAAGACUUUCAUGUAACAGGAUUUUCAGCAUUCCAUGCUGUGAAAAACGAGGUUCACAUAUUUUUUAUAGAAUUUAAAAGUUUAAUAGACAAUUAAGAGAUAAAAAUUAAGUAAAAUAUACAGCUAUGGCCAGUUGUCUCUGUAUUCAGCCAAGAAAGCGCACCUUACUAACAAAGGAUUGUCCCUUAAAAACAGAACCUUACUACAUAUUCAUAAAUUCUCAUACAUGAUUCAAGCAUUCUUUUUAAGUUUUAGAUGUUUCUUUGUUUAGUUUCUGACCUGCCCCCUUCCCAAUAAAUCAAUCUUCCUGGCUCCACCGAGUUUUCAUAUUCCCUGAUAACAGAAAUGCAAUAAAUUCCUCCCUCAGAGCUCUGGCCACUGCUGUCCUCAUCUGGACAAGAUAAUCUAAGAAUGGAGGGGGGGUCUCUAACUAUCUUUUUCAGUCUUUAGGUUAUACAAACAAAAGUAGUUUUUGUUUUAAUACUAUGCCAUAGCUCAACAUAUAUGUAUAUUAUACUACUAUUUCUAAGUUUCAUCAAUAACUGAAAUGGAACUAUAUUAAUAUAACAAAGUUUUCUAACCAUAUACAUAUAACAUUCAUUUUAAUAUUUGCAAAAAGCCAACAAUAUAAUAUGUAUCUAUAACAGAUGCCAAGCUCAGGUACAGCUCUAUUUACUCCUCCAAAGAAUACACCUUAUUUCCUGUUCUGUGCCAGCGUGAUGUUGGCUGCGAUGACAGAUGAAGACAGGAAAGGUUUUUGCAAUAUUUAAAUAAUAUUGCAUAUUAUAAUAAAAAUUUCAUGUUUUCAAUGAAA